UGUUCCACAGUUCUGUUCUGUUUUUGCUAAGUGUUUCUGUAUGUUUCCAAUACUUAUUUAUUCUAUAAAAAUAUAUUUAACAGUAUAAUAAUAUAGUUAUGGAUAUAUAAUAUAGUUAUGGAUUUAGACAGUUUUUUUCCGUUGUUAAAUUAAUUGUUAUAUCUCAAUCUUUAAAGCUUAACUGAAUAUCGAGUGGUAAGCAGCCAGGUACACGUGAGGAGCCACAAAAUGAAGAAUAAAUCUGCAAAACAUAAAGAUACGAAUACUUUUAAGUUUCAACCAUUCUCAGAGCGUUUGUCGAACAUUAAUAUAGACAUUUUUCAUAAAAUUCGACAUGAAUAUGAGUCUACAACAGAAGAGCAAGAGUGUUAUUUUUAUCAAACUGUACAGAAAUGGAAUACAUUGAACUUGACAGAAGCAUAUAGUCAAUUUAAAAAAGAAAUUAGAAUCAGUAAUUGUAUAUUAUUGCCUGAACUGUUAUUAGAAAAGCAUAAUGUUAUUUACGCUCUAAUACGGCAUAUUAAGCAGGGAAAUCCAUUAUGUUUACAACCACUAUUAGAAAUUUUGGUGGCUUUAGUGCAGGAUUUGCAGAAGGAAUUUUAUCCAUACUAUUCCCAAUUCUUAGACAUUUUAAUAGAAUUAUUAAAUACAAAAGAUACAGAAGUCCUAGAGUCGAUAUUUACAUGUUUGGCUUAUAUGUUUAAAUAUUUAUGGAGGCAUUUUAUAAAACAUAUUAACAAUGUAUUUAACUCUCUAUUGCCACUUUUGUCAGAUGACAAGCCUGACUACAUCAAUAGUUUUGCUGCAGAAAGUUUUGCAUUUGUGGCACGAAAAGUUAAAGAUAAGGAAGCGUUUUUAGAAUUGCUAUUAAAUUCUGUUAAGAAACAAAGUGAUAGUAUUUCUGGAUGUGGAAUGCUAUUAUUUGAAGUAAUUAAAGGAGUAAAUGAUCAGUUUCAUAGUUGUGCAGAACAAUAUUUAUCAUUUUUAUUAGAAUCUUUAUUGAAUCAAAGAUAUUCACAAGAUGUUCUCUUUAAAAUUAUUGAACAUAUGUUUAUGAAUAUUGCAAUGAAGAUCCAUCCUACUAAAAUUGAUUUAGUAUGGGAUAUUCUUUUAAAAUUAUUAUCUAAUCUGGAAGAGCAGCAUAAAGGUGACAGUUGUGUUGACAGUGAACUUAUAGUUAUUCUAAAAUUACUUGGCCAAAUGGUUGAAUAUAGAGGAGGCAAAUUAUUACUGAAAUCUACAAAUGUCAUGCAUCGAUUAUCUGCCUUAUUUGAUUUAUCAAAUAUAAAUGAAUCUGUGUUGCUAAUUUUAAUCCAAAUCUCUGUAUCAAUUUUAUUGUCACCAAAUAUCAGGUUACCUCAAGAAGAAGCAUCUUUAAUAAUCCGAAAAAUUUUGUGUUUGGAUAACAAACAGUUACUGCUGUAUUUUGUUGACAAUAUAAGCAGUUCUUCCUCAUUUGAAAUGCUGAUCCUUCCAAUUUUUUUAAGAAAAUGUGGGGUUUAUCAGUUUGAUAAAGAGUAUUGUCAAAUAUUGACAAAAUUGUUGCUUAGAAAAGCUCCAUUAAGUUUUAAUGGAAUACAUUUCUCUGAAUGGAGGAAAUAUAUAAUAGAUUUUAAAGAAUUUAAUGAGCUAGUAUUUUCCAAACUGAAGUCUUCUAUUGAUCUCCAAUGGGAAAAAGAUUAUACAAGCUAUGUUUCAGCAUUAAUAUGCUUUCAACAUCUUGUUGUUCCUAUAAAUAAAAGAUCUAUGGUAAUGGAAAUUCUUGGCAAACAUUUAGAAGUACUGCUGAAAAGUUUAGAAACGGUUGACUGUGAGAAUGACACAUUUCAAUUAAUAUUCUUGUUGAAUGUGUUAGUUGAAACAAUAGCUCAUAUGGAAUUCAAGGUUUUGAUUAGAAAACAUUUUUACAUGAUACUUAGUGUGUUAUUAAGAUUCUCGACAGAUAUAAAAUAUCUAAUUUCAUUAAAAACAUUGAGCUUACUGGUUACAAUUUUCAAUGAUGAUGAAGAAAUUAUUACUAUGGAUGUACUAAAUCAAAUUGAUGCUAAAUGUGUUGUUAAUUUUAGCAGUCCGUAUCACGAGAUGAGACUUUAUACUGCGCAUAUAUAUAAAUCCUUUGAGGCGCUCACAUAUUUUGACUUGAAACAUAGUGACGACCCUGAAGUACCCCAAGAAAAGUGGAAAGUAUUUUCUUUAAUUUAUGAGAUAGAGUCCAUAGAACCAUCAGUGCACACUUAUAGGGAACAAUUGAAUAGGCUUCAGAAAUUGAAUUUUGAUAAACCACAAAUGAUUAUGUGCAGUAAAACUACAUUUAAAUUAGUUCCUGUAAGAUAUAUGUGUGGCGUGCUUUAUAUAAAUUUUAAACUUUUAUGGGAACCAGUUUUAAAAAUUAUUCAGUCAUAUGCUCAUGGCUUUGUUUCCAAUAUUUUCUGGAGUGUCUUUGGAUUAGAGUUAAAAAGUGCCGUUAAUAACAUACAUAAUCCAUUAAAAAACAGUAUGGUCAGUUUAGAAAGUGACUUAGAUGUCUUGCGAGAAUUAUACCAGCAAUGUCAACAUUUAUCGACUCAACCAGACUUUGCGAAUUAUCGAAGAUUACUGUGGAAAGGCUUGAGCUUAUUUAGUAGUGUUGCAGAAUCGAAGACGAGGGAUUUGUCAGAGUUGUUUUUAAACUUUAUCGAGAAUGAAUAUAACAGGAACCAGAAUGCACUUGGACCAGUAUGUAACAUUAAAGAGUUCUCUGAUCAAGAAGGCGAAGGUUAUACUAAUAGCGAGGUAGUUGAAUCUGUUAAAGAAAACGACGAUGGAGACAUACAUAUAAAGCAUUUUGGGAAAACUGGGCGACAUAGUGUUUUAACACUUUUGCUGGAGAAGUUAUCUGUGUUUUCAAAAUUUAAAAGUCCAAAAUCAGCCUAUCGGGAGCCAGAACUUUACCAACUGUAUUUUGAUUUAUUGAAACAUAAAAAUUCGACAAUUCAGAAGGCAGCUCUCGAUUGUAUAAUGACAUAUAAAUUUAAAUAUCUACUUCCCUACAAGGAACACCUCUAUAACUUGGUUGAUGACAAGAAUUUGAAACAUGCUUUAGUUAAUUUUCGAGUAGAUAAAGAAACUACAGAGAUUCAGAAAGAACACAGAGAAAAUUUAAUUCCCGUUAUAUUACAAAUAGUGUUCAGCAAGAUGAGCGCAAAAACUGGUCUUAGGACAGGCGGCAAAGCUUCCAGUCAGAAUCGCAGAAUUAUAAUUCUAAAGUAUUUAGCUGGAUGUGAGGAACAUGAAAUGUUGGCUUUCUUGAAAAAGGCAUUUUUUAUUUACUCUUCAUAUAUUGAUGAGGAUGAAGUAAAGUUGGUAGAAAAUGUAUGCAAUGGCGUGGAUUUGGAGAAAUGUCUGGCGCCCAAAAAAUUACUUAGUACUAUAAAUUUACUAAAUAUUAUUUUGGAGCAAUUUGGAGGUCUAAUGGGUGAUCAAGUACUUACUUAUUUGCUCAAGAUUCUUCUUGUUAUUGGAGCGCUUGUUAAUGGCAUUACAAUCAAUAUUCAAACUGCACAUUCUGGAUAUCUGUCUACAUUGAAGACUGUUAGAAUAGCAGCUAUAACUUUUUUGGGAUCUUUUUUCAAUAAGUUUGAGCACUAUGCAUGGACCGACAAUCAAAUUACUGCUAUUUUUACAUGCUUUGUUUGGCCAUACCUUGAUAAACUAAAUAUAGAUGGUAUCCAUAGCCCUACAGCUUUAUUGAAACUAUUUAAACAAUGGGGCUCUAACCCAAAAUAUUUUAUGCUACUUGUUAAACAUAAGGUUGAUGAUCCGAAUCAAUAUAUUCUUUCGCACAUAAUUGAAUUACUGAAUAAUAACAAAAGUCACAUGAGUGUCGUAAUGACUAUUUAUGAUAUUAUUGAAAAUAUGUUGAAAUAUGAAGAAGAAGAAGAUGAAGUCAGAUUGAAAGUUUCCAAUAUUAAAUCUAUAGAAAAAAGUUUUUUUAGCAAGAUAGGAACAAAUAUUAAAUUGAAUUACGGGAGCUCGAUACUUUUACCUCAUAUACCUGAUAUUUUGAAAAAAAUUAAAUGUAAAUUGGAAUCCAAAAGCAAGAAUCUCAAUGAAUGUGAGCUAUUUAUAUUGUCUAGAAUAUCGGAGUUGGUAUGGGAAAGUGAAAUUAGCGAUCAAGUAUUAACUAUCAUUUUACCUAUUGCACUGAAGAAAUCAUCAGCCGAUGAGCACAUUAUUCUUAAGCUAUUGGACACAAUAUUAAAUCUUAUUAGAAACGUUCAUAAUCCGGAGAUUCAUUUACCCAAUUUGAUUCCUUUAUUUAGUGAAGUCUCUUAUGCUUCAUCUAGGAAAGUAUUGAUAAAAAUUCUUGAGCAGAUUUCUGAAAAAUGUCCAGAUUUUACCAACACUGCUAGUCUAGUGAGUGAGCUAAAUGCAUUUGAUGUAAAUUGGAUUGACCAACCAGAUUUUCAAAGGAGACAGAAUGCUUUUAAGCUGAUUGAGAAUCAAAUGGACGAGGAUAAGAUAGAUAUGCAUUUGGGAACUUUGUUGAUUCAUAAUUGUUUUAACUUAAUGAGAAAUGAAAAUGAUUUGGCUUUAAAAGACACUUCUUGUCACGUUUUGAAAUGUGUUUGCCCAUAUCUUAUUAGAAAAUAUGAAUCAAACUAUAAAAGUUUGGAUAAUAUUUUAACAAAUUGUUUAUUUAUGUUAAUUAAGAAAGGAAUGAGAUCAAACAACAAUAAUUUGAGAAACGAAUGCAUCUCAUUACUAGGACACGUUGCUCGAGAAUGUCCAACAAGUCAUUUUAUUUUGCGAGACCUAAGCCGAUUUUGUAAUAAAGAUGAUCUUGAGGUUGAUAUUUUUGAGAAUCUAACUCAUUUGCAGAUUCACAGACACGCUAGGGCUAUGCUUAAAUUGUCACAAAUUAUUCAAGAACAAAAGAUAUAUCCCAACCCGAAGACCCUUGGUCAAUUUGUUUUACCUCUGGCUUGGUAUUAUCUUUGCUCUGAUAAGUUUGUUGGAAAGAAUAGUAUUAUCGAUGCGUCUAUCGAGAUGAUAGGAACAGUUUGUAAAAUUUUGCCUUGGCACCAAUAUGAAGGAAUUUUAAAAUAUAGUUUAUCAGUAUUAAGAAACAAGGCUCAAUAUCAAAAACAACUUGUCCGCCUAGUUGUGGUAAUUUUAGAUUCAUUUCAUUUUGAUUUGACUAAAGGUUAUGUGGAUCUUAAUACUGAAGCUGAGACACCUACACCCAUUGCUGAUGAGAAUAACGAGAACGAUUUACCCCUCUUAGAUGAACAAGAAACUGAUAAUACUGAAGAAGAUACAUAUAUAGACGAUGACGUGAAAAUAUUUGGAAAAAAUACUGUUUUGUGCAAAUCCACUGCGACAAGGGUUUUAAAGACUAUCCAGACUAUUCUGUUGCCCCAACUUCAUCGCUCAUUAGCAGAACUGACUCAGUAUGACCAUUCUCAUAAAGUAAAUAGAAAGAAAACAAGUAUUGAAAAAGAAGAAGAGGACUUGGCAAGAGUGCCUAUUUCAUUGGCUGUGGUAAAGUUACUUCAAAGGCUGCCAAAAGAAAUAUUGGAAUUAAACUUACCUAGGGUGUUUUUAAAAUUAUGUACUUUCUUAAAAUCUCGUUUGGAAUCAGUGAGGAAAAUAGCCAGGGAGACGCUUCAAAAAAUAAUGGGUACUUUAGGUACAAAAUACUUAAGAAUGUUGAUAGCAGAGAUGGCACCUCUUUUCAACAGAGGCUUUCAAGUGCAUGUUUUAGUAUUUACAGUUCAUGGUGUAUUAAGAUCUUUGAAAGAUGCUUACGAACCACAUGAUAUCGACGAAGUCCUUUUAACAGUAGUUAAUCUGUGUACUGCUGAUUUAUUUGGCGUUCUUUCAGAAGAAAAGGAAAUAGUAAAAAUUACUGUUAAAGUGGCAGAGGCAAAGGCAUCUAAAAGUUAUGAUACUUUGCAAAUUCUUGCUCAAUACAUGACAGAAAAAUGUCUUAUGGAUUUGGUUUUACCAUUGAAACAGAUCAUUGAAGUUAAUCAUUCCCAUAAAAUAAUUCAUAAAGUACAAGAAGCAUUAAGGUAUAUUGUACUGGGUUUAAUCGAGAAUAAGUUUAUAUCUAACGAGUCUUUAUUGAAAUUUGCUUAUGGAUUAUCAGCCCAAAAAAUUUUGGAGUUAUUACCUACAAAGACACCAUCAAAGGGGGAUAGUAAAACUAAACAAGUAAUAGAAAAGGAGGACUGUUUUAUAAUACCAAAAAUACCCGGAAAUAGAACCAUGUAUAGGGAAUUAAACGUAAAGAUGUCUUCAAAUACAAACAGCUACAUAUUGGUAGAGUUUGGUUUAAGAUUAUGUUUAAUGCUGUUAAAGAAAGAAAGACUCAGGGAUAAUAUGUACAAACCCUAUAUUGAUCCUUUUAUUGUGAUUUUUAGAAAUUGUUUAAAAUCAAAACACGUUAAGUUAUGCACACUGACUCUUCAGUGUCUUCAAUGGGUGAUGAAAGAUGAACUACCCCAAAUGAGUCAACACAUUAAAUCUAUAGCAAGCGAUAUGUUUUCAAUUUUACAUAAAUAUGCAGCUUCAGGUUUAAGCAAGGGAGAUAAUUUUGACUUGGUUGUGUCUGCUUUUAAGGCAAUGGCAGUAUUAGUAAGAGACGUAAAAUACUAUGUAAUAGACACAAAUCAAUUAAAAACUCUUUUACUUUAUGUUGAACAAGAUAUGCACAACUAUGAAAGACAGGCCACUGCGUUCAGCCUACUGAAGGCAAUUAUUACAAGGAAACUAAUAGUACCAGAAAUGCAUUCUGUUAUGUCCAAGGUAGCAGAACUUAGCAUAACAUCCGAAAUUAAUUAUGUCAGGACACAAGCUAGAUUAGUUUUCCAUCAGUUUAUAAUGGAGUACCCCUUAGGUAACAGUAUUGAUAAACAUUUAGGAUUUUAUAUCGCUCAACUGAGUUUUGAAUUGCAAGACGGACGUGUAUCAGCUAUAGAAAUGAUUCAUACAUUAAUAAACACUUUUCCGUUGAGUGUAUUAAAAAGUCAUGCCAGUACAUUACUAAUUACUCUUGGAGCUAGAUUGGUAAACGACGAUGUUCCAGAAUGCCGAAGAAUGAUAGCAAGUUGCAUUUCAUCAAUGUUAACUAGAUUACCUAAAAGUGACAGAAAUCCAUUGUUUGAAAUGCUUUGUUUAUGGCUUAAAGAUAAAGAGAUGAACCAUAGAAGAAUGGCAGUACAAAUUUGCGGAAUUUUUGUCAAUGUCGAAAAAGGCGAAUUUGAAUCUAGACUAUCGGUAAUGAUUCCUUUAAUUCUAAAGCAGUUUGGUUUAACUAACCAAGGUGCAGGAAAAUUUGUAAAGUUAAAAAAGGAGAAAGUACUCUCUGAUGGAGUUCAAAAAAAUAGAGAUCACCACUACUACCAAGUUCUUCAACUGAUACUGAAAAUAUGUGAGGAAUGUCCCUCAUUUUUAAAGAAUAAAAAUGAAAUUGAAUUAUUAGGAUUUCACGUUCAGACUUUGUUAGGUUAUCCUCACGAGUGGGUUCGAUUAUCAUCCGCACAAUUUUUAGGCUACAUUUUAUCAUCAAUGGACAUUGACCAUCUGAGUAUGUUACUGUUAAAUAAUGAGUCAGAACAGGGAUACUUAUGUGGUGAUCCCGAAAAUUAUAUAAAGGCUUUAACUUUAGAUUUAUGCGAUCAGUUACAGCCUGGAAAAGUCAACUCAGAUUUAGCUGAACAAGUUAUCAAGAACUUGGUGUUUAUAUCUCGUGUUUUACAAAAAGUACCUGAAACAAGCAACAAAAAAAUUAAUCUGUUAUGGUUAACUAAAUUAAUGAGGAAAAUAAUUAAUUUGGAAGUUAUUAAAGAUUCGUCAUCUAUUAUUCUAAGAACAGAAAUUUUUAAAUGGAUUGCUGGUAUUGGGGCAAUACUUGAUGUAGUUAAUAUCAAAUCUAUUUUGAAUCAUUUGUUGGCGCCAUUAGUUCGAGAAAUGAUUACGACAGAAGAAAAAAAUGCCCCAUUGCGACAACUAUCUAAAGAAGUAGCUAGAUACCUUAAAAAUAAAGUUGGUGUGGAACUAUAUACUAAAACGCUUCAAUCGCUUCAGCAAAAUUUAGAAGUAAAAAGAGCAGAGAGAAAACGUGCAAGAUCUCAAUUGGCUGUAACUGAUCCCGAGUCUUAUGCUCAGAAACGGAUAAAAAUGCACGCGAAAAAGAAAAUAACCAAGAAGAGGAAACUGGAAGAAUUAAGGGGAAAGAAGAAUUUUAAAAGGCGGAAAGUUGUUGAUUUAGAGGAUAAUUCAGACGUGUUAUAAUUUUAUUUAUUAAAUAUAUA